UGAGCGAGAUGUGAAGCUCGGCGAGGACUUUUCCCUUCAACGCUCUCCUAAAGUGUCUCCUGGGGCUUUUUUUUUUUUUGGACGACCAAACAUGUCCAACUUGAAGGAGUCCAGCGCCUGCCCGGACGGCUACCGGGCUCUGAGCACCGGCGAGCUGCGGGAGCUUUUACAAAACGACGACAAAAUGGAGCAAAUCAUUCGCCUCGACGAGAAGUUUCAGGAACUUCAAGUGGACAGGGAGAUGCUGCUGGCGUCCAAUAGGAGCGUGGCCGACGAGAGCCUGACUCGACGGCCCCGCCUUAAUAACGGCAAACUCCAGUUGGCGGAGAAAUACAAGCAACUGUCCAAGCUGGCGUCCACUUGUUAUGAAAAACACAGUCAACUUGGGACACAAGUCCAGAAGCACAGCCUGCAGACUGCACAGAACCUCCUGCAGGAAGAGGUGGCCCGUGCCGAGGAGCGAUCUGAGGAGCUGCUGGACAAGUUCAUGGAAGGGAACGUCAGUCUGGAUGAGUUCUUGGACUCCUUCCAGGGCUCCAGAAGGACUUAUCAUAUACGGCGAGCACAAGCGGAGAAGAUGCAAGAGUUGAGCCGCGCCAAGAGGCAGGCGGGCAAGGAGAAGGAGGAGACGGCGGCGAAGGUCCCGUCCGAGCGGCUCCUCCCGGACCCGCCGCGGCCCAACGGCCUGGUAGCGCAGGCACCUCUCCGGGUGUUCCAGGUGCGCUACGGACUCACGCCAGCAAUCCUCCUCCCGCAUUACCCCGCAUCUCCGCCCAACCACCAAAGCAGGACUCCCCCGCCGGAGCCGCACCAAGGACACGUGCUCGCCUCCGGCGGUGCCCCGGGGCACAGACAACCGGUCGGCCUCAGGGUCAUCGGGCAGCUGCCGGGGGGCUGGCCGGCUCACGGGCGACCUGUGCGGCUGCAGCAGCUCUACAGGCCCAACCCCCAACAGCCCGAACCGCCAUUUCGAUAGCACCACAAACACCCGCUUUGAAAGGUCUGGGAUCCUAAGAAAGACGAGGGUCCGCUUCUUUCAUGUUACAAAAGAGCGACAGCGGCGAAAAUGGCGUUCUGUACAAACCCUCGUUUGACGCUCCUGAACGAGACAAAAGACGUCUUAUUUAUUGUCGCACACGUGACCAUCGACUGAAAAACCUCUCAGCUAUUUUUUAUUCUUCUUCAUAUUUAUUCCCGUACAUCCUGCUUUCGAUGGCCGCCUUCAAAGAUGCUGAAGAAAGAGCUGCUUCCCCUUUCAAGGCAGACGUUCUUGUUCCUUCCCUCCCCCUCGGAGCGGAGGAUUUAAAUCUCCACGGGAGGAAGUCAGACUCGUUAGCGGCGCUCCCGCAGCUUUUGGGAUUAUAAUAAUCGUCCAAUGUUAUUUUUUGGGUUUUUUUUUGGAGGGGCGGUGCUUUGUUUGUUUUUCUCACACAAAAAGUCGACUGUGUUGACAAACUUCUUGAAAAAUGUCUUUUCAGAGGCCAGUGCACACUUGCAUCAAUAAUGAUCAUACUUGCCAACCCUCCCGGAUUUUCCAGGAGACUCCCGAAAUUCAGCGCCUAUCCCGAAAACCUCCCGGGACAAAUUUUCUCCCGAAAAUCUCCCGAAAUUCAGGCGGACUCAGGUCCUCCACAAUAUUAAAAAGCGUACCUGCCCAAUGACGUUAUAACUGUAGAAUGAUGGAGGGCGAGUUCUUGGUUUCUUAUGUGGGUUUAUUGUUAGGCAGUUUCAUUAACGUCCUCCCAGCGCGGUAACAACACACAACAACAGCAGUCACUUUUUUGUAUACCGUAAAGCAGUUCGUCUGCCGUAAACAGCAAUGUUGUGACACUCUUAAACAGGACAAUACUGCCAUCUAGUGCAUUUGAUGAAAGCACUUUUGUGCGUGCCACACAGCAAUGCAUCAGAGAGGGUGUUCAGCAUGGUUCGAAAAAUAGUGACAGAAAAUAGAACAAGGAUGGACAAUUCAACCCUUAACUCAACAAUGAGUAGAUGAGUGUU